AUGGGACCUGACGACAGGCCCAAUCACAUGGGUGGGUGGAGUGACAUUGUAGUCAAAGAGGGACCAAUUACCGAUAUGUCAGACCAGACAGUCAAUCACGAACGAAUUGGCCAAUCCAUAUGUAUACGUUUCACCGUGUCCGUUGAAAAGCCGGGCCAGACGCCUAUAAACCAGAUUAUACCUGCUGGUGUCUCUGGUGGUCUACAAUAUACUCCAGGGAGGCGUCUGGUGUCAGUGGUCGAGAAAUGUGCACAACUAUUGUCAUCGCCGGACCGCUGUGACUUUGUGUAUAACGCAUAA